GUGAGAAGAAGAAGAUAAGAGACAAAUAAACGGAAAGCUUGCUUUUCCAUGGCGACCGAACCCCAUCUCUGUGUGUACUGACAACUAACAAUGCCGGUUCACGCGGAAGGUACUGUAGAUCGCGGCCUCAAUUGACCGCUCAGCUCUCCGCCGCUUCUCCUCCGCCCGUCCGCUCGCUAAUUCCGACUGCAAUUCCGUUUUUCCGAUUCGAAAUCCAAGCCACAGCCGGCGAGCUCUGCGCGAAAUGGAGGCUGUGUGAGUUUCGGAGCGGAAGAUUUCGUCUGUAGAUUCGCGGAGACGGAGCCCUAAUGUCUUUCUGAGCGCAAUGCGUAGGUACAGGUAGUGGAUUGCAGCAAUUGAGGACACAUUCAGGCAAGCAAACCAAUAUGUUGUUCCCCAAGGAAUUUGUUGGUUUGUGUGAUGAUGGAUUUGAGGGUUCCACAAGUGAUCAUCAUAUUUUCAGAGAGGUAUUCUUUGGGACUGAUGAAAGCAAAAAGAGGUGCCUCAUUACCGGAGCUAUCAAUUUUGAAUGCGAAACUCAAAAUCCGGCACUUAUGGUGCAUGCGAGUGCCCAUGGUACCCUAGCAGACUUUGGUGGGGGAGGACAAGAAAGAAAAGUGCCUUCUAGCAGCAGGUCUUGCAUAGAAAGAGGUUUAAACCCGGCGGACGCUAGCAUUCUGACUUUUCAUGUAGUUGAAUCAACUAACCAGGGGAUCACCUCUUGCUCUUAUCUGCAAAAGGGGCAGAGUGAGCUGGACAGAGGACGCCAAAUGUGUGAAAGUGAUGCUGUAAAACUAAACUCAUGUUGCUUGGAUGCAGAUGAUGGGAAAGAUGGUUGUAAAAUACCGUCGCCCACCUCUCAGGAGAGCAGUGUGACCAAGUUGGCGAGCAAUUCUCCACUUGCUGCUGCAAAGGACACAAGGGAUGUUCAAACAGCCAAGUCAAAAAAGAACGGUUCCUACUUUGUGGAACUAGAUGAAUCAGAGUUGUCGGUGGUUAAAGAUGCUCCAAAUGAUCCUCGUCCUAUUCUGCGGUACCAUAUCAAUCGCUUACUAAAAGCGGCAGGAUGGGUAAUUGGGAGGCGUAGAAGGACUGGUAAAUAUAAUGGCAUUGGAGAAUAUGUUUAUAGAUCACCUGAGGGAAAACUUAUUCGGGAGUUUCGUAGAGCUUGGCUAUUUUGUGGUGAGAGUUUGAUUACUGAUGAAAAUAGGGCCAUACACGGCGGAGAGCAUAAGGUAUGGGCUGACAUGGAUCAGUUUAGAUCUGACCUAAGUAGUACUGUGUCAGUGAUUGAAGAUAAACUGAUUGUCUUGGAAACAACUUCAUCAUUGGCUACUCUAUGGUGCCUUCUUGAUCCUUUUGCAAAUGUUGUAUUCAUUGACAAGACUUUGCACCUUCUUAAAGAAGGAAUAACAGUCAUACCAAACAGAACUUUACCUAGAUAUGUAGAGGCUGUACAAGACCAGCUAGACGAGAGAAGUGUGGAUGAUCACUGUAUACACAAAGAGUGUUGUACUGCUGAAAGUUGCCUGAACCUUGAACAGUCACAUACAGAGGAAGGGGGGUGUGGCAACAGUUCAGUUUCUGAUAUGAGGCUCAUGAACUUACCACCACAGACUUUCAAUGAGCCACCUCAUAAAUAUAGGAAAGUUUCAUGUAGUGAGACUGGGAUUUUAAAUCAAAGUCCCUUUCCAUCUUAUGGAUCUGAUAUUACCUCUGAGCUGGCUGGUAGUUGCUUGUUUGAAGUUCCUGUUAGUUUGGAAAAUAUGCCAACCUUAUUCAGUAAUCAAGAUUGCAGCACAAGUUCCCUAGUAUAUCAUGAGAAAGAAGUACACGCCUUUGAUGUAAAAUUUCUGAAUCAGCCAAAUUCUAUAUUGCAGGAGUCUCUAGCUUUUGUUUCAAACCAUGUUUUGAUGGAUAUGACAUGUGUAGAAGCAAGGACUGAAGGUAUAUCUUGUGCCACGAACUCUUCCUCUAGAAAGAAAGCACAGAAAAAAUCAAGAAAGAUAUCUGAAAUGAAACCAUCGAAAUUAUAUCAACGUGAAAGAUUGGUAUCUAUUACAAAUGAUUCCUGUGAAAUCAAAGAAAAAGGAAUCUACAACAAAGUUCGAUUAAUGAAAUGUAAUAAAUUUCAUCCUGAAGAUGAUGAUCUUUUGGUUUCAGCUAUCAUAAAAACUAAAACCUUCAAAUAUGCAAGAAAGAGACGCUCUGGUAAAUCCAAGCCUUUGAGGAAAAUGAAGAGCCAUAAAGGCAGAUGCAAAUUGCUCUUACGAAGCCUUAAUAAGGGUGGAAAGCACUUCCUUGACGGAAAGUGGUCUGCCUUUUCUUCAAGAACAGUUUUGUGCUGGUUAGUUCAUUCUCGGGCAGUUCCCCUAAAUGAAGUGAUCCAGUAUAGGAGUCUAAAGGACGGCUCUGUGCUGAAAGAUGGCUUUAUCACUAGUGACGGGAUAUUAUGCAAGUGCUGUAACGAAGUACUAUCACUCUCGUCAUUCAAAAAUCAUGCCGGUUUCAAGCUCAAUCAGCCAUGUUUGAAUCUUUUCUUGGAGUCCGGAAAGCCACUCACAUUAUGUCAACUUGAGGCCUGGUCAGCUGAAUACAAGGCUAAGAAAGCGCUUCCUAUAACUGUACACACUGAUGAAAUGGAUCCAAAUGAUGAUAGCUGUGGGCGCUGUGGCGAUGGUGGUGAGCUGAUUUGUUGUGAUAAUUGUCCAUCGACAUUUCAUCAAGCAUGCUUGUAUGCACAGGAACUUCCUGAAGGCAGUUGGUAUUGUUUUCAUUGUACCUGCCAGAUUUGUGGGGAUGUAGUUAGAGAGAAUGAGGAAUCUUGCUCUACAACCCUGGGUCCGUUAACAUGUGUGCAGUGUGAGCAUAAAUAUCACAAGGCAUGCUUGAAGGAGCAAGGCAUAGAAGGUGGAGAGACACCAGUAACCUGGUUCUGCAGUGAAAGCUGUCAGGAGGUUUACUCAGGUCUUCAGUCUCACAUGGGAUAUGCAAAUCUUCUUUCUGAUGACCUGUAUUGGACACUUCUGAGGUGUACUCCCAACGAGCAGAAAGUUUGUUCUGCUCAGCGAUUUGUUGCAUUGAGAGCAGAUUGCAACUCCAAGUUAGCUGUUGCUCUUACAAUCAUGGAGGAAUGUUUUCUCCCAAUGGUGGAUCCUAGAACAGGCAUAGACAUGAUACCUCAAGUAAUCUACAACUGGGGAUCACAAUUUCCUCGUCUAAAUUAUUAUGGGUUUUACACGAUGGUUUUAGAGAAAGAUGAUGUGUUGAUAUCCGUAGCUUCAAUCAGGAUCCAUGGAACUAGGGUUGCAGAGAUGCCUCUCAUUGCAACCUGCAGCAAAUAUCGUCGUCAGGGGAUGUGCCGUCGCCUAAUGAAUUCUCUUGAGGAGAUGCUCAAAUCACUCAAGGUUGAAAAGCUGGUAAUAUCUGCGAUUCCCAGUUUAGUGGAGACAUGGACACUAGGUUUCGGUUUCGAACCAUUGGAAGAUAGCGAGAAACGAAGCUUGAGAGACGUCAAUCUUAUGGUGUUUCCCGGAACCGUAUGGUUGAAGAAAACUUUGUACGUGAACACUUCCCCUUCUAGAGAGGUCGGUCCAACUGACCCCCGAUCUUCCUAUGAAAAUGACCAUAAUACCCCUACCAACCAAAAUCCCGCCAAAGAACCCACCUUCGAAAAUGACCAUACUCCCCCUAACAACAAAAAUCCCUCCGAUGAACUUAUCAACAAGCGGAUAUUCCCCCCGCGUAAUGAUUCCUCCUCGUCUUUGACACUUAGUGAAGCUGUAGUAGUUUGUACCGCAAAAGCUGCAGACCACGAAGAGUAGUUUGAAGUACAACUCUCUCUUGCAGGUAGAGUAGAAAUGGUAGGUGAUAGACAGUUUUGUGUGGAUGAUAUGUAAUUUAUAUAAUAAAAUAAAAUAAAAUAAGUAGAGUACAUUGUAUCAGGUAUAUGUUGCAAUUCUGAAGGCAAUGUUACAAUUUACACAUACAAUGAAGUUAAAAUUGUGACAUGUUUUAAAUAUUGUGUCAUUCAUAAAUGCUAAUGAAGAGAUGGCCUUUGU